GCCCACUGUCAAUUACUUGAUAUUAAAGCAUGUGUCUCAAUGAUCCUCUUAUCUCAAAAUGUCGUUUAUCUAUCGGAAGUGAUUUGCUAUCCAUUGGCGAUUCCUUCAAACUAGUCGGCAGAAUAAUUGAUCUGUUGUUGUAUGAAGCUGGACAGUUUCCCGACUUGGUCCUUAUGCAGAAACCUCGAUCUGCAUACGAGCACUUGAGAACUCGCAAGGAACCCGCUUCGCGAAAGGCUGUAAGGUUCCUCGACUCGCUCUAUGAAAUCAAAUGUAAUUUGAUCAGCCUAUCAGUUUCUGUAUCCUACUUUCUAAUUCUACUGGGUGGCGUCCCUUCUCAUCCGAAACGCGCGUUCUUAGUGGAUUGUUCCAAAUCAACUUCGAGCACCGCUUCUGUCAACACGUGCUUUGAGUCUGUGAUCUGCCAUUUUUUUCGUACCUUCAUGCAAGACCCUUUCUCCCAUGCAGCGUUUGAGGAACUCAAGCCAUGUCGGAUUUAUUUUUAUUUGUGCAUUUCCGAAGUCAAUCUACCCAUCUGGUUUUUACCUAGACCGCAUUUCCAUCUUUCCAAGAAGUGUCCGGUCCAUGUGUUGCAGCUGCUGACGGACUCAUGUCACUCAAUGCUUUUGGACGAACAUGAAGUCGAUUCAAAUCUGGCCGAAGUGAAACAGGCGCUGUACGAGCACCCUGGCGGUAUAAUGUGGUACACUUCUCCUCGCACUCUGGAUGGGUUCGCUGAUUGUUUACCUUAACCUCUGUAUUAACUGUGAGCUAAUGUGCUCGUGUAAUCUAUGCUAUGACUCUGUACAUUGUAUGUAUAUAUCUACGUUGUAACAUUUGAACUAGUGUUAGCAACAUCGGCUUCAUUUAUUGUUAGUGGUCGUUUGAACAAUCCGUUCGUCUCUGCUUCCCCCAUAUUUUUCCAUCAGUCUGAUUCCGGUGAUUUCGAUAUGGCC